UCAAAAUCAAAAUAAAAAGAAAACCAAAUUGAGCAUCUCUGGACUAUAAGCAGGGCAACCUGGCUGGGGUCUUCAUGAUCACCGUCACCUCUUUGGUCAGAAACACAAAGUAAUACCAAAUUUCUUCCCAGAAAUCCAGUUUUCAUGUCUAGGGCUAGAGUUUACGCCGACGUCAAUGUUCAUCGCCCCAGAGAUUACUGGGAUUACGAGUCGCUCGCCGUUCAAUGGGGGGAUCAAGAUGACUACGAGGUGGUUCGAAAAGUUGGAAGGGGAAAAUACAGUGAGGUCUUUGAAGGCAUAAAUGUCACCAACAAUGAGAAAUGCAUUAUCAAGAUCCUCAAACCCGUAAAGAAGAAGAAGAUAAAGCGGGAGAUAAAGAUACUGCAGAAUCUUUGUGGAGGGACAAAUAUUGUGAAGUUGCUUGAUAUUGUUAGAGAUCAGCAUUCUAAAACUCCCAGCUUGAUCUUUGAACACGUGAACAGUACAGACUUCAAAAUUCUGUACCCCGUACUGACGGAUUAUGACAUUCGCUAUUAUAUAUAUGAGCUUCUCAAGGCACUAGAUUACUGCCAUUCACAAGGCAUAAUGCACAGAGAUGUCAAGCCUCACAAUGUUAUGAUUGAUCAUGAGCUACGAAAGCUUCGCUUGAUUGAUUGGGGCCUUGCUGAAUUCUACCAUCCUGGAAAAGAGUACAAUGUGCGAGUAGCUUCAAGGUAUUUUAAGGGCCCUGAACUCCUUGUUGAUUUGCAAGACUAUGACUAUUCAUUGGACAUGUGGAGUGUUGGCUGUAUGUUUGCUGGAAUGAUUUUUCGCAAGGAGCCAUUCUUUUAUGGUCAUGACAAUCACGACCAGCUAGUCAAAAUUGCUAGGGUUCUGGGAACGGACGAAUUAAAUGCAUAUUUGAACAAGUAUCAUCUCGUGCUUGAUCCUCAGCUCGACGCUCUCGUUGGAAGGCACAGCAGGAAGCCUUGGUCUAAGUUUAUUAAUGCAGACAACCAGCAUCUUGUUUCUCCGGAGGCCAUUGAUUUUCUGGAUAAGCUUCUUCGUUAUGAUCAUCAAGACAGGCUUACGGCCAGAGAAGCAAUGGCUCAUCCAUACUUCUUCCAGGUGAGAAGUGCAGAAAAUAGCAGGAUCCGGACGCAGUAAUUAUGACUUCUUAUUCAGUUGUGUUUUAGUGAAUUUAGACUCCGUCCAGGCCAUUCAUUUUGGGCUUAAUGGUCGCUACAUGACAUCUUUUCCUUGAAAAUGUCAUCCAUCAGUCUUCUUAAUUUUAUUAUUCUGAUGUUCAUAAAUUUUUUUCCCGAGCUUAUGUUGUAUUUUUGACGCAACGUUGACAUGAAAGUCUUCUUGGGUUUCAGUUAUUGCCACAAGUGCAUUACUUUUAGAGCAUGUUUGUU